AUGGUUAAUGUACGCGCACCACCUUCAAAAUCUUUGGCUAGUCGGCUCGCAGGGGCUGACAGUGCUGGCUCCGCCAAGGCGAAAUCUUUGGACGACGAUGAUGAUAUUAGUGCUAUCGUCAACAAUUGGGCCGCAGUCAAGAGCAUCGUCCGCGAAGGACGGCCAAACCCAGAAUCUACCACGGUGCCACACCUUGGGCAUCCGACGAAGCUGGUAUCGUCCCGCAAGCAGAAAGCCGACGUCUUCAUCCGUCAGACAACCCGACCCGAACACCACAUAAGCAGCACCAAAGUCAAUGCUCCAAAGCCCCGCGCAUACGCCGAUCGCAAACCCCCUCCUCUGCCCGUCUUCAAUUCAAAUCAGCCCGACAAGCCUACCCGCGGCAAGUUGGGAGAAGAAAUUUUCUAUACCGACCCAGCAAAGGCCAGUGCAGAUUUGAAGGCUCUGCUUGAAGGUGGCGUGGAAGAUGAGGCUGAAGAAGAGGAGCAGCCAGAGCCUUCAGGACCUGCAGGCAUAUCGGACGAAAAGAAGACCGAAAAGCCCAAGAAGCAAGAGAAACAGCGAAUCAGCAAGGAUGGCAAGAUUGACGGUCUGAAGGUCCGGCUAUUACCUCAUCAAGUGGAGGGUGUUGAAUGGAUGCUUGGUCGCGAACUCGGACCUGUAAAGCGAGGUACUGUGCCGAAGGGGGGGCUACUCGCUGAUGACAUGGGUCUUGGUAAAACUCUCCAGACCAUAUCUCUCAUUCUUUCCAACCUCAAACCCGAAAAAGGCUCAGAAAAUUGGAAGGCGCAAUAUGAAAAGACGGAAAAGACUACUUUGGUUGUCGCCCCACUGGCACUCAUCCGGCAAUGGGAGCACGAGAUAAACGACAAAGUGGAAAAAGCUACCGGGUUGAAGGUUCAUGUUCACCACGGCCCGCAAAGAACAAAGAAUUUUAAGGAUCUCCUCAAAUACAACGUUGUCAUUACGACGUAUCAGAUUUUGGUAUCAGACCAUGGCAACUCGUCAGAGGCCGAAGAUGGGAAAAAGACCGGUUGCUUUGGCCCAAUGUGGUGGCGCGUUGUCUUGGAUGAAGCUCACACCAUCAAAAAUCGCAAUGCCAAAUCAACAAAAGCUUGCUAUGCCCUACGUUCAGAAUAUCGCUGGUGUUUAACUGGCACACCGAUGCAAAACAACCUCGAUGAGCUGCAGUCACUCAUAAGGUUUCUGCGAAUUAAGCCAUACGACGAAUUGCGACAGUGGAAGGACCACAUUGACCAGCCCUUGAAAAAUGGCAAGGGGCAUAUUGCCAUUGGACGCCUUCAUAGUGUUUUGCAGUGCUUCAUGAAGCGACGCACAAAAGACAUUCUCAAGGAAGAAGGUGCAUUGAGACCUGGAGGUAAGCCCGUCAAGGGCGAGGAAGACGAUCCGGGUCCUGGCUUCAAGCACACCGAACGAAAGAUCGUCACCGUUUCCGCCGAACUUUCUGCUGCCGAGCGUCACUUCUAUGACCGUCUAGAAGAUCGCACUGGCGAGAGUAUGAAGCGUAUGAUGCAAGAAAAGCUCAACUACCUUAAUGCCUUUACGCUGCUCCUGCGUCUGAGGCAAGCGUGCAAUCACCCGAAGCUCGUGGAGGGCAAGAUUGAGAAGGAUCGAGAUGCUAUGACUACCGACAGCAGCCAAGGUCAAAGCCAAAGUCAAAGGUCACAAGAGACCGAGAUUGAUGCCAUGGCAGACCUGUUUUCUGGAAUGGGGAUAGAAUCCAAGAAAUGCAGUGUUUGCUCUCUGGAUCUUCCCAAAGACGACGCCGCGAAGGGGCUAAGUACUUGCUCAGAUUGCACGGAAGACAUGGCCCAGUUCAAGGAUUUUGAAAAGAGCAAGAAGAAUAAAAAGGCAAAGAAGCCCAAGGUCAAGAGCAAAACCAAAUCGCACAAGCAGCGCCAACCUGAGCGAAAGCUGCCAGCAACAGCCAGCCAAACAACUCGACGUCCACGAAACCGCAAUACUGUCAUUGACAGCGAUGACGAGGAUGAUGACGAGGGUAGCUGGCUGGUUCCAGACGGCGAGAGAGGUUCUCUCAACCUGGGCAAGGCCGGAGGUGAAGAAGACGAAAAUGCUGCUGGCCCUACCGAGUGGCUUCGAUCCGACUCAGAAGAGUCUGAAGAUGAAGACGAGAGCAAUCUGAGCAGCUUCGUUGUGGAUGAUGAGAACGGUCCAAAGCCUACACAAGACUCGGAUGAUUCUCUCCUGUCGAUGGACGCCUUGACUAGGCAACUUGCGUCACAGACACUGGAUGACAAGCACACUAGAGUCUCUCAGGCUUCUGCAACAGAGAGCGAGGACGACGGUAGCUCUAAUGAUGAAUCGUCAAGCUCCACGUCCGGUAUUGACGAGUCGGAACUGUAUUCUGACGACGACGACGUGCGUCCGGCACCUGGGUCGAGCCAGAUUGUAGCCUCGGCCAAGAUUCGCGAACUCAGUCGCAUUUUACAUGCCGAAGCCCACGAACACAAGUUUAUUGUCUUUUCCCAGUUCACGUCCAUGUUAGACCUCAUCGAGCCCUUUAUCCGUAAAGACGGCUUCAAGUUUACGCGCUAUGACGGCAGCAUGCGCAACGACGAACGCGAAGAGAGUCUACGGAGACUGCGCGAGGACAAGAACUGCCGUGUGCUGCUGUGUAGUCUCAAGUGUGGCAGUCUGGGUCUCAAUCUCACGGCCGCCACUCGUGUCGUCAUUGUCGAACCUUUUUGGAAUCCUUUUGUCGAGGAACAAGCCAUUGACCGCGUUCACCGCCUCAACCAGACCGUCGACGUGAUUGUGUACAAGCUGACCGUCGCCAAGACGGUCGAGGAGCGCAUCAUUGACCUGCAGGAUAAGAAGCGCUUGCUCGCCGAGCAGGCCAUUGACACGGGCGCCAAGAAGGGCGCGCUCAAGCUUGGUCUGACUGAGAUUAUCGACAUGUUUAAGCCUGGCGGCCACUUUAGCGGCGGCACGGGCUCCCACGGCCUUGGCGAGCAGAUUCAAGCCGCUUCGCGCUUCGUCGGUGCUGCUAAGAAGGCGCCGUCGUCGAGACGAGAGGAGAGUACCGUCUAUGGACGGCGUUGGUAG